UCGCACACCGUAUCCAUUCCCGCCUCUCCCAAAGCCCAGAGGCUCGAGCUAGCGAGCAAUGAUGACUCUCUCCUUCGUCUCCGUGACUCGCCCUCCCUCUCUCAUCUCAGCGACUCUCGCCUCCAGAAACCCACCCCUUUCCCCGCCUAUUCUUCAAAACCCUAAUAAUUCCGGCCAAGUCCCCUUAUCCUGCGCACUCCAGUGCCAGCACUUCCAAUCAUGUUCCGGUUGCUCACAUGAGUGGAACCUCGACCGUCCAGUCGUCCUCGACGAGGUGGCCCAGUUCUUCAAGAGCGUAGGCGUCUCGGAUUUCAGCUUCGAUAGCUGUAGACCGUGGGAAUGGAGAUGUCGAGCAAAGCUUGCAGUACGGGGAUCAUCAAACAAUCCUCUGAUUGGUCUUUAUCAAGAGGGAACACACACUGUCGUGGAUAUUCCUCAUUGUAGAGCUCAUCAUCCCAACAUCAAUGCUGCUGUUGAUCUCCUAAAACAAGGCAUUACCAUGUUGGAUGUCCAGCCAUAUGAUGAAGAUAUGGGGACAGGUGAACUUCGAUAUGUGCAGAUGGCUGUGACAACAUAUAACACGUCCCUCCCAGCAGCAGAACGAUAUGAAAAAGGCAAAGUUCAGGCGACGUUGGUAUGGAAUUCAAAUAAUGAGCACUCGCCUAGUGCAGAAAAGUUGAAUGCCCUGUCAGAUUUCUUAUGGAGGAAUGGUGGGCCCAAAAAUGAUAAUCAUCUAAUUCACUCCAUAUGGGUUAACUUUCAGACAUCAUCUAACAAUAUAAUUUUUGGAAACCGGUGGAGACAUCUGUUGGGAGAAAGAGAUUUUUGGGAACGUGUUGGAGGGAUUGAUAUUUCCUUGGCUCCAUCCAGUUUUGGUCAAGCAAAUACCCAGGCAUUUGAUUCUUUGCUCUGGAAGUUACAUAAGUAUGUACCCCAUGGGGCCUCCAUUGCUGAUGUUUAUGCAGGAGCUGGUAUUAUCGGAUUAUCAUUAGCUGUCAGGAGGAAAUGCAGGUCUGUGAAAUGUAUCGAGAUCAACAAAGAAUCGAAGCUGUCUUUUGAGAAAUCGGUUGGCCGCUUACCAAAUUCUGUGGACAGCAGCAUCAGUUGGCACCAUGCAGAUGCUUCAAUUGAACCCCUUCAUUGGCUUGAGGGCUCGGAUGUAGUUGUGGUUGAUCCUCCUAGAAAAGGUUUGCACCCAUCUUUGAUCGAUGCAUUACGGACCUCAGCAUUAUCUGAUCAUAAAGCUGCUAAGGCAUCAACAAGCUCCAUCUUAAAGGCGAAAGAUGAAAAAAGGCCGUGGGUCCUACGUGCAAGGGAAGCAUCUGUUCAAAUAGAAAGCAGAACAGAUUGGGAAAAAAGUCGAUCAUGGCCUCAAACUCUAAUCUAUAUAAGCUGUGGAUGGGAAAGCUUUAAGGAGGAUUGCAGGUCAUUGUUGUCUAAUAAGGCAUGGUAUUUGGAAAAAGCUCAUGGCUUCAACUUCUUUCCUGGGACCAAUAGCAUUGAAGUUCUUGCCGUGUUCAAGCGGGGUCCACGGGCUGAUCAGAAGAAGAAAAAAACAGGAAAGAAGAAGAAGAAGCUACCGUGAAGGCAAUGAUGAGAAAGAGGAGUCUCUCUAAGGGUGUCCGUCAUACUGAUGACUGAAGCUAGAGCGGAGCGUCCAAAUUUAGGGUUGUUCAUCAGG